CACAUUCACCGUGCUGCACAUCACACGCGGCCAACCACCGAUCGUCCGCUACAGUUGCUCGCCCGCGUCCGGCAGAUCAGUCAGACACAUUUUUUUUUCCUGUACGCGCUCGCUCGCACGCCCGCACACACGUUGUUCUCGUAUGCUUAUAUACAUAAAUAUAAGUACGAAAUACGCGUAUAUAAUAAGCGCCGGCACCGCUGCUGCUGUUGGGACGUCGUAUAAUAUCUGUCGCGUGUGUGCGUGUGUGUGUGUGUGAGUGUGUGUGUACACCGUACACGUACGAUAGGUACGCGAGUGUGCGCGCAAACACAAUAAUCACACUUUAUAUCAAUAAGACAAUAGCAUAUAACUGCAGUUAUAUUUCAAAGCCGUAUUGUAGUAAUAUACAGCUGCAGCACUGCAGUCAUCGGCGCGACCGGUGUAGCACGAGGGAGACCGGGCCAAACGCGGUCAUCGUGACUGCAAGUGGUAGAGCAGAGUCACGCCGGAAAACACAAACGAUCGGCUGACAAAAAGAUCUUGUGGCCAAUCGUCGUUGACAGCUGCUGCAUCGACCAUACAGCGGUGUAUAUACUAUCGUAUAGCCCAAAUACCUAAGACAAAUCGAAAUGGCACCACCACCGACCUCGACGACAUCGGUCCGACGUUGUUCCAUCCUGACCGGCACUCUACUGCUGUUAUUAGCGGUAGCCGCCAGUUUGCCAUCCAGCGCCCGGUCGUCCGCCAUACGUCCUGCGUCGUCUGCUGUAUCCACCGACACCGAAGCCGCUGCUUCCCCGUUAGUGCCAAGCAAUUGGCACGGGGCUUCGGACGUCCCCGCUGAGGUAUCAGCGUCGGCCGCCGGAAGGACCGUGGUUGUCAGGAAAAAAAGGACGUUACUCAAACUCAAGCCGCUCAUCGUGCUGCCGGUCAAGGUCGCGCUUGGUACCGGUGCUAAGCUGGUGGCUGGGGCCAAGCUCGGAGCCAAGGCGGUCGGGAUAGGCUCGAAAGCACUCGGCGUCAGUUUGGUCGGAUUGAAAGCUGUCCAUAAGGUGGCCAAAGUGACAGUGAAGGCAGCCACCGCGUUGGGCGUCAAGGCGGUUCUGCUCAACUUUUUGUUUCAGAAAAUCAAUCAGGUGAUCGACUUUAAGACACGCUUACUGAGCAACCUUGACCAGCGCAACCGGCAGCAAAAUGCACAAUUCCUGUCACCAGUGUUGACCCAAUCCUCUUCGUCUGCGAAAUCGGGAUCGAUCGGAAACAAGGACAACGCCUCAUUCAACGGCGUUGCCGCCCCAGCUCCCGCCGACACUUUCAUCGCUGCGCCAGACUUCGUGGCCGCCGCUGAUACACCGGGAUUCGUUGCAAAUGCGCCACCGGCAACCUUCGUCCCCGGAUCGGACCUGAUCGCUUCACCACCACCGCCAUCACAGCAGGAAUUUGCGGGAGCACCACCGAACUUUGCCGGCACUCCAGCAAACUUUGAGGGCACUUCGCCGAACUUUGCCGGCGCUCCUCCAGGAUUUCCCGCAUUCCAGCAGAGUUUUUCCGCCGAACCGUCGAGCUUUGCCGCGACAAAUGAUGAUGGAUCGCCAUCGUCGGAGACUUCAUUCUAAAAAUAUGCGUCCUCUCGUCGCGCGUCGUCGUCAUGUCGUCGUCUCCUCAAUCGCAUCGACACUUGCCAGCCACACAGCCAUAAUAUAUUCCAUAUAAUCGUCAUUUAUUUAUAUUAUCCAUCAUUAUCAUAAUCAUAUAUCUAAGUAUAUAGUCAUAAAUCAUUAUACAUAGUUAUAGUAGUUGUUGAAAAGUACAGGUAUUACGUAACGGUCGAGUCGUGAAUACUUGGUCAACUCACCCAUGUGAUCAUAGUUAUCACGGCCGUUCGACUGUACCUAUGUAUAAAACAAAAUUUUAGACAUUGGUUAAAUUACAUGUUUAUGCUAUCAGUCUAUACGUAAUCACUUACUUAAACGAUGAUUCAUCCGAUUAAAGAGAAAAAAGAAGAUUCGUUUGAUUUUUACAGUUCUAAUGGUCGAUUAUAUAAAAUUUAAGUAAGGGUACGGAUUAAAUUGUGAACAUCGCGUUUAUUAUAUAGCUAUCACUAUAUGACUUAAUAAUAAAAUAUCAUGUGUGACAUUAAAACAAGUAUACUCGUGCGUGAUAUUGUAUAACCAUUUUAAAUUAAAUUAUUAUCAACGUAUUUUUUAUAGCUAUAUUAUAAAUAAAUUAUUUUAUAGUACAGCCACAUAUAAGCUCAAGUGUAACCGAUAAUCAAAAUUUCGUUUUAUACAACAUUAUGUAAUAUUUAUAAACGCAUAUAAAUUAUUAUAUUGACACAAUUCUAUAAUGCAUGUUAGAAAAUUUAGCGUUUAACAUAAUCGCACGUUUUAUAAAUUAUAAAUACAAGAGCAUGCAGUGUAUUAUUUAGUGUGGUAGGUAUACCUAAUACAUUUAAUAAAUAAUAAUUUGAGGUAUAAAUAUGAAACUACGAGCGCAUCUAAUAAUAUUCGUGUGUUUUAUGUAUUAUAUAUUAUAAUAUACACCACAGAGGGAUCAGAAAUUAUUACACUUCACUUUCAUAAAUAUAUCUAUACGUUAAUAAUUAAUACGUUGUAAUUAUUUUUGUUACGACAUCCAACAAUGUAAUGUACAAUCACUCGUCUUUUCUCCAUCGUUUUUAUAAUUUUCAUAAUUUUAACCACGCAUGUCGACUGCAGAAUUUUUAACAGUUCUUUCAUCACACAAAUAACCAUUAUCAUUAAUUGUUAUUAAACCACAUUAUCGUUAGUACAAUUUUCAAUUUUCAUCCGUCAUCUUACAUCGUUAUCGUCAGUCAAUGACCAUUUCACCAGCUAAUCAUCGUCAUAUUAUAUAUAGUAUCAUCAAUUUAUCAUAAAUAAGUGUUAUAUAAUAAUUAUAUAUUGUAUUACAUUGUAGUUGGUCACGUAGCCUUACUUGGAUAAAUUAGUAUCAUCUAUUUGGUAAAUCUUAGUAGUUAAAGUAAAUAAAACUGUUGGUAUAUUAUUUAUUACUGUAUUCGUAGUUCUCAAAAGUAGGUACUUUAACUUGAUCAAAAUAUUUAUAUAAUAUUAUAGAACGAAAAAAUAAAAAAGCAUGUUGCCGAUAAUUAGACAAUAAUAAAUUAUCGUUGAAAACAACAACGAGACGUCUGCGAACAAGUCUUAUCGCACUGUAUGCUAUGUCAUAUUUUUAAUACAAUAUUAGCAUAUUAUUAUUAUUAUUAUCGGUGUAAAUAUUUAUUAGUCAUUUUUCAUUGAUAUUCUGUAAUUUAAGAAAUUCAACCAAUUUUCUAGAACUUCGUAAUAAAAUAAAUCAAAAGUUUUGAAUCUCAAUUAUUAAUAACUAUCACUAAUUUGUUGUGGUUAUAUCUACGUUAAACUCAAUAAUCAAAGUAAUUUCUUCGGUUUGUUUUAAAAACUUACCAUCGAUACUCGUUAAAAAAUAUUUUAUCGAUGUAGAACCCUUUCGUUCUAAACCCACGCCAUUAAUAUUUAUGUCGACUAGAGUGUAUCGUCGAUAUUAAUAUUUUUAUCAUUAUUAUAGCUUUUGUAUGUAGGUAUAAUAAGUACAUAGUUGUAAACAUAAAAGUCAUAUAGGGUGGGUGUUAAAGUUAUUAUUAGGUACUAAUAGUUAAUAAAAAUAGAAAAAAAAAUAUAAUCCUUACUAUUUUAUAGCCAAUAAUAUAUAUUAACAGAAUAACAGACAUAUUACACUACUGUAAUACGUCUAUAUCGUAAUAGACGUAUAUAAUUGUAGAGGAUAUUUUAACAUUAACUAUACUAUUGUCUAUAGGCGAAGGCCUAUAGACAUAUAUUAUACUGAAUAUUCACACUCACGUACACAAUACUAUACGGUGUAUACAAAUUUCAAACUGGGGAUAUACCUAUACGUUCUUAAAAUCCAUUCGAUAUGUUUCAUAUAAUAAAUUUUGAUUACCAAUCCUCCAAUUAGGUAUAUUUAAUAUUUAGAUAUAUUAGAAUGAAGACUAAAUAUAAUUAUUUUUUUAAAUUUAUCAUUACUUAAUACUUAUACAAAUCACCCUUGAACCCUUGUUUAAUCUGUCUGUAUAUAAUAUAAGCGUAAGGGUUACCCCAUCUUAAUAUUUAAGUGAUAUAAUUAAUUUAAUAUAAUUUUUGAUUAUUCAAAAUUACAUUAUUAUUAUACAGUAUUUUGUGUGUAUAUUUAUAUUAUUAUAUUUGUGGUGAUAUUCAUGUAUUAUUAUUGUAAUAUUUGUUAAUGUAUUUUAAUAAAUAUACGACCAUUUAAAAAUUA